AUGACCACUUUACUAUUAGUGUUUGUGUGUUUGCAAGUCAUCACCGCAGCCACCUCUGUGGAGCUCUCAGACAGUAGUGAUGGCCUGGAAGUCAAGAUACCUGAGCAGUCUCCCCUGCGUGUUAUCCUGGGAAGCUCCCUGAACAUCCCGUGUUACUUCAACAUCCCAGAGGAACAGGACACCAGUGCUUUACUAACCCCACGGAUCAAAUGGAGCAAACUCUCCAAUGGAACCGAAGUCGUCUUGCUCGUGGCCACCGGUGGGAAAAUCCGGCUCAACACCGAGUACAGGGAGGUGAUCUCUUUGCCCAAUUACCCAGCCAUCCCCACCGAUGCCACAUUGGAAAUCAAGGCACUGAGAUCCAACCACACUGGGAUUUACCGCUGUGAAGUGAUGUACGGGAUUGAGGACAGAAAAGACACAAUAGAGGUCCUAGUGAAAGGUGUUGUAUUCCACUACAGAGCAAUCUCCACAAGGUACACCUUGAACUUUGAGAAAGCAAAGCAGGCCUGUAUCCAGAACAGCGCUGUCAUUGCUACUCCCGAGCAGCUGCAAGCUGCCUAUGAGGAUGGGUACGAGCAGUGUGAUGCUGGCUGGCUGGCUGAUCAGACUGUCAGGUACCCCAUCCACUGGCCCCGGGAGCGCUGCUACGGUGACAAGGAUGAAUUUCCAGGAGUGAGGACCUACGGUGUCCGUGAGCCAGAUGAAACCUAUGAUGUUUACUGCUAUGCAGAGCAAAUGCAAGGUAAAGUCUUUUACGCCACCGCCCCCGAGAAGUUCACCUUCCAAGAAGCUUUCGACAAGUGCCGCAGCCUGGGGGCCCGUUUGGCCACCACGGGGGAGCUGUACCUGGCCUGGAAGGACGGCAUGGAUGUGUGCAGUGCCGGCUGGCUGGCCGAUCGCAGCGUCCGCUACCCCAUCUCCAGAGCACGGCCCAACUGCGGAGGGAACCUGGUGGGAGUGCGCACAGUGUACCUGUACGUCAACCAGACCGGGUACCCUCACCCCAGCUCUCGCUACGACGCCAUCUGCUAUAGUGGGGAUGACGUUGAGACUCUGGUGCCAGGGCAGUUCAUUGACGAGACUGGAAGCGAGCUGGGCAGCGCUUUCACUGUGCAGACCGUCACCCGCACCGAGGUGGAGCUGUCACUGCCCCGCAAUGCCACCGAGGAGGAGGCCCGCGGCAGCAUCGCCACGCUGGAGCCCAUGGACAUCACCCCCACUGCCACCGAGCUCUACGAGGGCUUCACUGUCCUGCCCGAUCUCUUUGCCACCGGUGUCACAGUAGAGACAGAGGCCCCAGAGGAGGAGAAUGUGACCAGGGGGGAUGUCACGGGGGUGUGGGCUGUGCCUGACGGGGUCACCGCCAUCACCUUGGGCACUGCCAUCACCACCGAAGCAGCAGAGGUGAGCACAGUGGAAGAGGCCCUGGGGGUGACUGCCACAGCAGGGCUGGAGCCUGCUUCAGUGUUCACAGUGGAAGAUCAGCUUGUGCAAGCGACAGCAGCACCCGGUGUUGGUCUCCUCCCCCAGCAGCCCAUCUCCCCCACGGGUGUGGUGUUUCACUACCGUGCUGGCACCAGCAGAUACGCCUUCUCCUUCGUCCAAGCCCAGCAGGCCUGCCUGGAGAACAACGCCGUUAUUGCCACUCCAGAACAGCUCCAGGCUGCCUACGAGGCUGGGUUUGACCAGUGCGAUGCCGGCUGGCUGCGGGACCAGACAGUCAGGUAUCCCAUUGUGAACCCCCGAAGUAACUGUGUAGGAGACAAAGAGAACUCUCCGGGCGUACGGUCGUAUGGCAUGCGCCCAGCCUCAGAGACCUAUGAUGUGUACUGCUACAUCGACAGGCUCAAGGGUGAGGUGUUCUUCGCAACCCAGCCAGAGCAGUUCACCUUCCUAGAGGCUCAGCAGCACUGUGAGAGCCAAAACGCCACACUGGCUUCUGUUGGCCAGCUCCACGCCGCCUGGAAGCAGGGUCUGGACAGAUGCUAUGCUGGCUGGUUAGCUGACGGCAGCCUCCGCUAUCCCAUUGUGAGCCCCCGUCCUGCCUGCGGCGGGGAUGCACCCGGUGUGAGAACCAUCUACCAGCACUACAACCAGACCGGCUUUCCCGACCCCCUGUCCCGGCAUCACGCCUUCUGCUUCAGAGCUCUGCCACCUGUGGAGGAGGAAGGGGUCACCUCGUUCUUUGAAGAUGUGCUGGCAACCCAAGUGAUCCCUGGAGUGGAGGGGGUACCCUCUGGGGAGGAGGUGACUGUGGAGACAGAGUUUGCCACUCAGCCUGAGAAUCAGACAGCCUGGGGGACUGAGGUCUUCCCAACUGAUGUGUCGCUGCUCUCCGUGACCCCGUCUGCUUUUCCUCCCGCUACCAUAAUACCAGAGGAAACACCUACAGAUGCUUCUGUCAGCGAAGUGUCAGGGGAGGUGACUGAGUCUGGAGAGCAUCAAGUCAGUGGUGAAUCUUCAGCAUCUGGCUGGGUGUCCGGAGCCCCAGGUACAAGUGGAGAACCAUCUUCUGGAGUUUUUGGACUUGGUGGAGAACACUCAGGGAUUGGAGAAAGUGGAUUACCAUCAGUAGACCUGCAUUCCAGCGGCUUUCUACCUGAAGAAAGCGGGCUACCUUCAGGGGACCUGAGUGGUGUGACUUCUGGUAUUGUUGACAUCAGUGGCUUAUCUUCUGCAGAGGAAGGUGUAUCAGUGUCUAUUUCAAGGAUACCAGAGAUUAGUGGGAUGCCGUCUGGAGUGGAAAGCAGUGGGUUGCCUUUUGGAUCCAGUGGAGAAACAUCUGGCACUGAACUAGUCAGUGGCAUGUCAUCUGGAGAAGAAAGCGGACUCGCCUCUGGUUUUCCUACUGUCUCUCUUGUGGAUACCACAUUGGUGGAAGUUGCAACAACAGCACCGGAACGGCGAGAGGAGGGAAAAGGAUCCAUCGGAGUCAGCGGUGAGGGAGACCUCUCAGGGUUCCCAUCCGCUGAAUGGGACACGAGUGGCAGAGCCCAAGGGUUACCCUUGGGAGAAGAGCUCAGUGGGGAGCCCUCCAGAGGGCCUGAGCUCAGUGGGGAACCUUCUGGGGUACCUGAGCUCAGCGGGGAGCCCUCUGGAAGGUCUGAGCUCAGUGGGGAGACCUCUGGGGUACCUGAGCUCAGCGGGGAGCCCUCCGGAGGGCUUGAGCUCAGUGGGUUGCCCUCGGGACUGGAUGUCAGUGGAGAACCAUCUGGAACACAUGAGAUCAGUGGUCUGGUGGACAUAAGUGGCCUUACUUCUGGUACUGAUGUAAGCGGUGAGGCCUCGGGCAUUACCUUUGUAGAUACCAGUUUGGAAGAAGUGACCACAACCCCCUCAGUUACUGGAGCAGAAGCAAAAGAGAUCUUGGAAAUCAGUGGGUUGCCUUCAGGAGGUGAACAUGCAUCAGGCAUAGCAUCCGGGAGCUCAGACAUCAGUGGGGAGCCUUCCGGGCACGUGGACUUUGGUGGGAGUGUUUCUGGAGUGCUCGAGAUGAGCGGGUAUCCAAGUGGAGUGAUUGACAGCAGUGGAGAAGUCUCUGGGGUCGAUGUCAGCAGUGGGAUACUGUCUGGAGAGGGAAGCGGACUCACCUCUGGCUUCCCCACAGUCUCUCUUGUGGAUACGACUUUGAUAGAAGCUGUAACACAGACAUCAGUUGCACAAGAGGUGGGAGAAGGGCCGUCUGGGGUAGUAGAAAUCAGUGGAUUUCCUUCUGGAGACAGAGGACUAUCUGGAGAAGGGUCUGGAGCUGUGGAGGCCAGUGGGUUUCCUUCAGGGACAGGAGACUUCAGUGGAGAGCUAUCUGGGAUUCCAUACAUCACUGGAGACAUUCCUGGAGCCACAGAUCUAAGUGGCCAAUCUUCAGCAGUGACUGACAUUAGUGGGCAGGCCUCAGGGCUUCCAGAAGUCACUUUGGUCACUUCUGAUCUAGAAGAAGUUGUGACAAGACCAACAGUAUCCCAGGAACUGGGUGGGGAAACAGCCGUCACAUUUCCCUAUGGCUUUGGGCCAAGUGGGGAGGCCUCUGCAUUUGGUGAACUAAGUGGGGAAACAUCCGCAUUGCCAGAAAGUGGUGUAGAAACAUCAACAGCUUAUGAAAUCAGUGGUGAACCACCUGCAUUUCCUGAAACUGGCAUAGAAACAUCCACGACUCAAGAAAUCAGUGGUGAAACAUCUGCGUUUCAUGAAACUAGUGUAGAAACAUCCACAAUUCAUGAAAUCAGUGGGGAGACAUCUGCCUUUCCUGAAUUUAGCAUAGAAACAUCAACAAUCCCAGAAGUCAGUGGGGAAACAUCUGCAUUUCCAGAAGUCAGCACAGAAACAUCCACAAUGCAAGAAAUCAGUGGGGAAGCAUCUGCAUUUCCUGAGAUUAGAAUAGAAACAUCCACAAGUCAAGACAUCAGUGGGGAAACGUCUGCAUUUCCUGAAAUCAGAAUAGAAACGUUUACAAGUCAAGAAGCCAGGGGUGAGACGUCUGCUUACCCCGAAAUCAGCAUAGAAACAUCCACAGUCCAUGAAACCAGUGGAGAAACAUCUGCCUUUCCUGAAAUCAGCAUUCAAACCUCAACAGUCCACGAAAUCAGUGGAGAAACUUCUGCAUUUCCUGAAAUCAGAAUAGAAACAUCCACAAAUCAAGAAGCCAGGGGUGAAACAUCUGCCUAUCCUGAAAUUAGUAUAGAAACUUCAACGAUCCAUGAUAUUAGUGGAGAAACUUCUGCCUUUCCUGAAAUUAGUAUAGAAACUUCAACAGUCCACGAAAUUAGUGGAGAAACAUCUGCCUUUCCUGAAAUUAGAAUAGAAACAUCCACAGUUCAAGAAGCCCAAGGUGAAACAUCUGCGUUUCCCAAGAUCAGCAUAGAAACUUCUACAGGCCAUGAAAUCAGUGGGGAAACAUCUGCAUUCCCUGGGAUUAGCAUAGAAACACCAACGAGUCAAGAAGCCAGGGGUGAAACAUCUGCCUAUCCUGAAAUCAUCAUAGAAACAUCCACAGUUCAAGAAGUAAGUGGGGAAACGUCUGCGUUUCCUGAAAUCAGAAUAGAAACUUCCACAAACCAAGAAGCCCAGGGUGAAACAUCUGCAUUUCCUGAGACCAGCAUAGAAACAUCCACAGUCCACGAAACCAGUGGAGAAGCAUCUGCACUGCCUGCUGCUAACAUCAAUACAGCUGCUAACAUAGACAUAGCUGCCACAUCUUUGGCCAGUGGUGAGCCCACUGGUGCUCCCGAGGAGAAGGAAAUUCCUGAUGCAACAUCUGGAUCUGUGACGCACUCAAUUGCAGGGGAAACCUCUGUCCCAGACAUUGUAAUUGGUACCAGUGCUCCAGAUGUGGAACCAACACAGGGACCCAGGAACCUUGAAGAGGCUCAGCUCGAAAUAGAGCCCUCACCUCCCACAGUAUCAGGACAAGAGACGGAGGCAGCGGUUGCUCUAGACAAUCCCCAUCUGCUGGCCACCGCUGCUGCUGCCCUGCCUCACGUCCCACAAGAAGCAAUAGACACAUUAGGACCCACUACAGAAGACACUGAUGAGUGCCACUCAAGCCCCUGUCUGAAUGGAGCUACCUGCGUUGAUGGCAUCGACUCUUUCAAAUGCUUAUGCCUUCCCAGCUACGGAGGGGACCUGUGUGAGAUCGACCAGGAAAACUGUGAGGAAGGCUGGACCAAGUUCCAAGGCAACUGCUACAGGCACUUUGAAGACAGGGAGACUUGGAUGGAUGCAGAGGCCAGAUGCCGACAACAUCAAGCCCACCUGAGCAGCAUCAUCACCCCAGAGGAGCAAGAGUUUGUGAACAGCCAUGCACAGGACUACCAGUGGAUUGGCCUCAGUGACAGAGCUGUGGAGAACGAUUUCCGCUGGUCCGAUGGGCACUCCCUGCAAUUUGAGAACUGGAGGCCCAACCAACCCGAUAACUUCUUUGCGGCGGGUGAGGACUGCGUGGUGAUGAUCUGGCACGAGCAAGGAGAAUGGAACGAUGUUCCCUGCAACUAUCACCUCCCUUUCACCUGCAAGAAAGGAACAGUGGCCUGUGGGGACCCCCCUAUGGUGGAGAACGCCAGGACCUUCGGUCGGAAGAAGGACCGCUAUGAAAUCAACUCCAUGGUGCGAUACCAGUGCAACCAAGGCUACAUCCAGCGCCACGUGCCCACGAUCCGGUGCCAGCCCAGCGGGCAGUGGGAGGAGCCGCGGAUAUCCUGCAUAAACCCCUCCAACUACCAGCGCAGGCUAUACAAAAGGAGCCCUAGAAGCCAGUUGAGACCCAGCGGCAGAGCCGUGCACAGACCCACCCAUUAGAGCGGGGCCAGAGAGAGACACCGAAAGUGAGAAACAGAGAUUUUUAACGGAACACUUCUAUUAACAGAGUCGAUUUCUCUUCUUCUUCUUCUUGUUGCUUUUU